GGUUUGUAGAUUGUUAUGUAUGUGAUCGAUUCACUUGUUUUUCCGUGUCUUUGUUGUAAGAGGGAUCCGAGGUAGCGUCUGCCUAGUCUGCCAUCUUGGCUCCGCCUCUAGAAUCUGUAUUUUUUAAAAAACUUCUGUGAUAAAGAUUGCUCUUUACCAAGCUUGUUUCUUUUUAUCCCUGAUGCCAACUAACUUAUAUUUACUAGUCCCUUUGCUGGAAAAAAAAAAAAAAAUUUUUUUUUUUUUUGCUGUUAGGGAUGGCCAUAUGAUUGAGAUCCUUCUAUAGGAAAUUAAGCAGAAAUGUUGAGUGUCACUUUAUCCAUUGCAAAUACGAAGCCCCCUUGAUCAAUCCUCUCUCUUCCCUACCUUCUGUCUGGCAGUUGUAUGUAUGACAGAGCAACACUGGAAACGAGGGGUCAAAUAGAGCUGAGCAUCUGUCAGCCUGGGUCGUCUCCACCCUCCUCAAACUGAUCAUUAACACUGAUUUUGGUCUUUCUGUAUGCAUGGAUUAAAAAUAAACUAUUGUGUUAUGCCACAGUUUUGGAAUUUACCUAUUAUAACAUCCACUGUUACAUUAGCCAGUAUGGUUUCUUAGAUUACUAUUUAAUGAUCAGAGUUUGGGAACCAUGGCCCUUUGUCUAUGCCAUUUGUAUUUUUAAACUCAUUUAUAUGGUAGGGUAGUCUUCAGUUUCAAACAAUGUAUCGCAUUAGGCAAAUCUGCUGCAAAGACCUCUUUAAAUUUUUAAAAAACAAAGAUGUCACUUUGGGAACUAAGGUGCACCUGACCCAAGCCAUGGUAUUUUCAGUUGCCUCAUAUACUUGUGAAAAUUGGACAAUGAAUAAGGAAGGCUGAAAAAGAAUUGAUGCCUUUGAAGUAUGGUGUUGACAAAGAAUAUUUAAUAUACCAUGAACUGACAGAAGAGCAGACAAAUAUGUCUUGAAAGAAGUAGCAGCCAGAAUGCUCUCUAGAAGCGAGGAUGGUGAGAUUGUAUACUUUUGGCAUGUUAUCAGGAAGGACCAGUCCCUAGAGAAGGACAUCAUGCUUGGUAAAGUAGAGUGUCAGCAAAAAAGAAGACCCUCAACAAGAUCAGUUGACACAGUGGCUACAACAAUGGGCUUAAACAUAGCAAGGAUUGUGAGGGUGGCACAGUUACUGGGCAGUAUUUCUUCUGUUGUACACAGGGUCGCUGUGAGUUGGAACUAACUCGAUGGCACCUGACAGCAAUAGUCUUCAGUUGUUUACUUGCAGGCAUUGUAGGGAAAUUUUGAAUUGGGAAUGGUGAAAGUCAGAAAGAACCUACUUUCUUCCUAAGCAUGAUGCUCUGAAGGUUUGACUGUUACAAGUGAUCACUACAGAGACUAUUUUUUAUGUUCUCAUGAAUUACUGGAGUCCUGGUGCCAUAGCGCUUAAGAACCCAGAUGCUAACCAGAAGGCCGGCAGUAAAUCUACCAGCCACUCCUUGGAAACGCUGUGGGGCAGUUCUGCUCUGUCCUGUUGGGUCGUUAUGAGUUGGAAUCGACUCGACAGCCUCACGUUUCAGUACCAGACCGUUUUGAUUGAUGUUUUCUACUGGUCAAGUUUUGAUGUCCUAUCAAAGAAGAAUAUCCACAAUUAUCUGAAAAGGCUGUUUUGUGACUUGUGGAAUUAAAGAGAGAGAUGCCUGAAAACUAGAGACAGAGAAGUAUAUUUUUCAGAAACGGGAAGAAGGAAGACUAUAGAGCUUGAUAUGGCCCUCAGGAUUUGUUUUUAGGAAGACAGGAGGAAAGGAAGACAUCUCAGGAUCCCAUUUCGAGGGUCCUUUGGCUACAUUUCCGCUGUCAGAACAUUUUCUCCAAGAUUCCUGGGCCAGACACCUGGAUUUCCAGAUGGGUUUUGUAGUCAAGGAGAUUUUUAUAGAGGGGAGGUAUUUCAGUUAUGUAGAAAAGUUCAGUUAUCUAAAGAAUUUAUUUUAUAAAAUACCACAAAACUUUGUGACUUAAAACAACAGCAAUUUAUUACUUUUCAUGAUUUUGUGGACUGACUAGUAUCAGCUGGGUGGUUUUGUUCCACAUGGUGUAGCUGAGGUCACUCAUGGGCUACAUUUAGCUGGAAGCCCGGCUGGGACUAGGACAUCUAAGGUGGCCUCUCAUUCUCUAAUACCUCUCACCAUUUGGUAAUCUAGCCCAAGUUUCUUCAUACCAUGGCAUUUAGCUUCCAAGAAGGAACAUUUCAAGAGGACAAGCCCCAAGAUGCAAGCACUAAUCAAGCCUCUGGUGGCAUCGUUUUGCUAAUGUCUCAUCGGCCAAAGCAAGUCACAUGAUCAAGUGCAGAGUCAGUGUGGGAGGAGGCUACACAAGGGUGCAAGCACCAGGAGGUUUUGUUCACUAGAGGCCACCACUGUAACAAUUUACCACAAGUGAGCAGGGCAAUUUUGCACACCAGGUCUCCUCAAUUGUCAGUGCUUAGGUAUGGAUGCGUAACCUAAGAUCUGGUCCUUGACUUUGCAAUUCCAGAAACUCUAUGUGAUUAGGGGUUCAUGCUUAGCCCCAUGCUUUUAUCUGAAAUUGCCUCUCAUCAUCACUUGAAGACGUGAAUUUAGGUUGUCAUAGUUUUAUCUCAGGACUCUGUUUUCUUGGCCACAGAUGGUUGAACCAGAGUGGACACCUGACCUAUGAUUCUGUUGGCUGAGCUGGCCCAGUUGGACUUUCUCCUGUGACUUUGGAAUGGGAAUACUGAGAGACUAAGACCCAAACUGGUGAAGAGAUUAUAGAAGAUCUAGAUACUCUAAAAUGAGUUUGGAAAUAUAUCUUAACUCCUGAGAUGACUUGAAAAUGAGACUGCUAAACCAUAGUUUAAGUGGUUAAGUGCUAUAGCUGCCAACGAAAAGGUCGGCAGUUCGAAACCGCCAGGUGCUCCUUGGAAACUCUAUGGGGCAGUUCUACUCUGUCCUCUAGGGUCACUAUGAGUCAGAAUUGACUCGACGGCAGUGGUUUUAAACCAUAGUUAUAAAGAGAUUGGCUGCUAACCAAAAGGUUGCCAGUUUGAAUCCACCAGCUGCUUCUUGGAAACCCUAUGGGCAGUUCUACUUUGUCCUAUAGGGUCGCUAUGAGUUGGAAUCAACAUGGUGGCAACGGGUAUUCACUAGUGGAUGUAUGUUUCUGCUCAUUCUCUUAUGCUCCAUGACAAUAUCUAGCUGCAAAGGAGGCUGGGAAAUGUAAUCUUUAGCUGAGUAGCCAUGCACCCAACUACUAUGAAAGAAGGAGAAAAUAUAUUUUAGUGAAGACUUAGCUGCUGCCUCCUUCCCCCCUACCCUCUCCCCAUGCAGCAUAUAGUGUUCAAUUCAUGGUUACCUUUCAGGAGGGAGAAAGACAAGAGUGUAUUCAGAGGGAGUAAACAGGAUGAUGAAGGCCUUAAAAUCAGGCCAUAAGCAGAUUGGUUGAACACUUGGGGAUUGUUAUAUUGAAUAUUUAGGAAAUGAAAUGGCUGCCUUUGAAUGUUUUAUGUGCAAAAAGAGAUAAAGGCUAUUCUCUACAGCCUCCAGGAGUAAAUAUAAGAUAAUGAGAGGAAGCUAACCAGUAACCAGUUGCCAUCAAGUCAGUUCUUGACUUGUGGCUCAGAGAAAUAUAUUUAUGUUCAUUAAAAGAAAAGAAGAUUCUAGCAGAGUUGUCCAGAAUGAUUUACACCUCAGGUACAUUUUGAACUAGAAGAGACAAAAAAAAAAAAAAAAGUUUAUUGAGUACCUAUUAUGUGCUCGACACUAUUGAGGCACUUUCACAGAUUUGUUGCAUCCAACUCUGAGAGUCUAUUGCAGCUCCACAUACUUUUCUCCAAACCCUAUUUUUUGUGACUCACUGACAAGCCUACAAAGACCAUAUAUGAGUUAAAUUUGUGGGGUAGAACAUCCUAGGAUAAACCCUGGAGGGUGUUGUGUAUGUUCAAGUUGUGAGUUCUGUGGUAGAUGGAGAAGUUGGCCAGGGUGCGGAAAGAAGGAAGCAUAUCACUUAGUUAUUUUCUGAUUUUCAGCGGCAACCUGAGGUCUUCCAGAAGGGGUUAUAUAGUCCUGACCAGCACAGCUUUGUGGCGGCCCUCCUGUCUGCCAUAUUAUCACACUGGUGAGCCCAGAGAGUGCUGCCAAGAAGUAUGAGAGGGCUGCUUUGAAAGCUCUGUCCAAUGUACGAAUAUCCAGUGUCUUCCACAUAGCUCCUGUGGGUACUGGUGGGAGACAAGAUACCUUUCUUGAUAUGAGUUCCUGGUGGUUUACUGGAGUCAACAAGAGUGUUUUGUUAUUCCUUGUACUUCUGGAUCCAAAGUUCUAAGGGAACAGAGGGGCCCCCAAAUCUGCAAUUGACAUAAACAAAUUAAAGUGACAGAGUAACAGGAAAUGGGCCAGGGCGCAGAAACAAAGAUGUUCACCAGAACCAUGGGGCAGGGUAUCAGAAACUAGCCCACAAACUUCUUUAAAGUUGUCUCUCAGAAGCAGCCAGAUGAAACAAGCCCCCAGAGACAUGCCCCCAGAGACACGAGACACGCGUAGAACAUUGACCUGUGACUGCUGUGUGACCUUUCACCAGGGGCAGCGAAGGGUGCAGCUGCAGCUGGGUAUCGAACUCAGGGAGUGAGAGACUGUGCAGGCAUGACACCCCAUAAUAAGUCCUACUGUGAAUCCCAGAGGCCUAUGGGACAGGAGCCAUCUUAGAAAGCAGCUGCGCGUGCACCUUAGGUAGCCUAUCCCCACCCAAAACCGGCUAGUUGCCAGAAAACCCCACCUAUGCCCCUGAAUAAACAUGAAUCUUUUUCCUGCUCAAGUAUUUUUAAAAGCCCUUGAAGUCCUUCGUUCCGUGAGACGGGGAUAAGCGUUGCCUAGGCCUUCCUUAUCUCUGCUUGCAAGCCUCUUCAAUAAAGCUUUGCUGGUGUGCCUUACCUGCUCAUUCUUGACCAGCGAGAGGCAAAAACCUUAUUUAAUUAAAGGCAUAGAGACUCUGGCAACAGUUCUGAAUCUCCUAAAUAUUUCUACUUGUUUGUCUUUGAUUGAACACUCACCUCGGUCAAUCCUAAGCUCUAAUAUUAUGCUGGUCUACCAGGAUGGACACUAAGUGACAAAGUUUUAGGAAGAGACCCUAAAACUUUAAACCUCCUUGAAGCUUGUUAUAAACUUCAGUGUUUAUGUGCCCACAAGUAAGAAUUUCCACACUUCCCUGGGAAGUUGGGGAAGAGCUAAGAGAUUGAAGUAGAAAUGUAUUUGGACAUAAAAAUAUUUUAGUCAAGCUGUGAAGAAGCUGCACAGGGGAUGAUUUGAGGCCCCUGGAGCCAUCAAGUAGCAUGAUUGACAAUACUGUUUGGAGAACAAGGGUGUCCUUUGUGAACAGUUCUUCACACUUACCCACACUCCACCUUCCAGCCCUGUCUCUGUGUCUUUUAAAUCUAGUACUUCAGAUUUGGUUAGAUGAUAAUAGACGCUUGUCAUGCCCAAGUGAAAGGUUCCAAAGGGAGGUUGGAAGGGUCUUAUAACCCUGAGGAAGAAAGGGGAUGUUUACAGUCCAGUUGAACCUAUCCAUCUAAAGAGCUUUAGCCAGCUUCCUCCCAGUUGGCCUAAUGGAAAGCACACUUCAUCACAGCAAGUGACAGUUUUGUCUCAAAAAAAACACAGAAGGUAGACUCAAAUGAAAAAGGCAUAUUCUUUCAAUUCACUUCCUAAGGCCCUCUUACCUUUUGUCUUUAGCCUACUUGUAAUAAGUGCUAUCAAAUUAGCCAAGAAUGACUCUAUCUGAGCAUCCAAGAGUCGGGGCCUGUCUACAGAAAUUAGUGCCUAUGGCAAUUAGUUUUAAAUGGCUGAAUGAUCUCUCACAGCUGGCAGUGGAAACUUCGAUGGCCAAUAGAAACUGCUCAUUAGAGCCCCUCCUCAAGCUGCACUGAGGGUACACACCCUACUUGCCAUACCUUAGUUACACCUCUGUCAAGAGGAGUGAAACCAAAGAGAUUGUGAGUAUGAUGUCAUUUCUCCUCAUAAGGAUUAUUUCCUUGUUCUAGAUUGCAAAAAGUGAAAUUAUUAUGUUAAAAGAUAUGAACAUUGUUAAGGACCUUGAUACGUGUUGCUGAACUGCCUUCUUGAAAAGUAGUACCAGAUCAUGACACUGAACUCAAGUUCCUUAUAGACCCACUGGUGUCUUUGGACAAUUUCUCAUAGUACCUUAGCAUUGUGUGUUUCUAAAGCUAACAAAAGAAAACAGUUAUACUAUAUUCCUGAAUCUUAACACCAGCUCCCAUUCUUACAAUUUAACCCUAACAUUGAUACUUAGAACUCUUUGCCCUACUCACUCUAGGGACUGAGUGUACUUCAAAAAUUAAUAUUAGAAUAAGUCCUUAUAUGUAAAGCUCUCAUUCCAGGAUUAUACCAGCCUGAAUAUAUACCCACUACACCAGCCAUACUCUUGACAUGAACUUCGCACAUCAACUGGCAGCAUUUUGUUAUUGGAAAAAAUAAAGACAUGUUCCUGAGGAAUCUCAGGGUGCCUCCUACAUGUACUUUUUAAAAUGUGCUUGUCAUUAAAGUAUUUGCAUUGUGUGUAGUCCCUUGAUGCGGAAAUAGACAAAGGAAAAAAGGAGACUUUGUUAUUCAUUGCUGUGUUUCAGCACCAAGAACAAUGCGGGGCACAUAGUAGAAGCUCAAUAAAUAUUUGUUAAAUGAGUGAAAUUUUCCUUCUUUUGUUGAGAAGUUGUCUCAUGGGGCAUUUGGAUGGUCUAAGGGUCAUAAAAAGGAUGCCUUUUGGGGUUUCUUCCUCAUCCACUUUUCAGGGAAUCAGCCAUCCAUUUGAUACCAGCUCUGCAGUCCCAGAAAUCUUGUUUAUAUAACAUGAUGUAGCCUUGCUAUAGAUGAUUGACUCAGAUAUACUUUCUCUUAUUUUGGAAUUGCACUAAGAGAUUUCUAUUUGUGACUGUACUGGUCUUUGGAAAGACCUUUCAGGAAAACUGGGAGUGAAAUCAUGGUCUCCUCUAGGUGGAGAUGGAGAGCAGAGAAAGGCCAUUUGCAGAAAGAGACAACAGAAAGAAGAGUAAAGGCGAAGUACAGUAAAAAUGAGCUUAGAUUCCACUGUGUACCCACUAGAGUUGCUAAAAUGAGGACAGACAAUACCAACUGUUGGUAAAAAUAUGGAGCAACUGGAACUCACUGCUAGUUGAAAUGUAAAAUGGUACAACUACUUUGGAAAACAGUUCAGCAGUUUCUUACAAAGUUAAACACACACUUGCCAUAUAACCCAGAAACCCUACUCCGUGUAUAUUCACAACAUACAGAUUUCCUCCGAGAUGUGCUGGAAUGUUCCCUGAAGCACCAUUUUAAAUAGUCCCAAAUGGGAAACAAUUCAAAUGCCCAACAUUAGUAGCCUGAAUGACUAAAUUGUGGUAUAUUCACAGAAUGGAAUGCUCCACAGCGGUAAGAAUGAAUGAAUUACUGUGACAUAUGGAUGACAUUAAUGAAUCUCAUAAGUAAAAUGCUGAAUGAAGAAGGUCAGUGUAAAAAAAUUAAUGUGUGCUUUUAGAUGUCAGGACUGUGGCUAGCCUUGGGGAAUGAGUGGAGGAGUGGAAGUUUCUGAGGUGCUGGCAAUGCUCUGUUUCUUGAUCUGGUGCUGGUUACAUUGCUGUGUUUAGUUUGUGAAAAUUUAUUGAGCAGUGUACUUAUGACAUACACUUUUAAAAAAAGACAUGCACUUUACGUAUUCAUAUUUCAGUAAAAAGAUUUAGGAAAAAUUUUUUAAUCUGAAAUUUUAAAAAUAGUCUAGAAACAGAUGAAUGCCUGCUAAUGUUAGCAGCAUUCCUUAGAUUCCAUGAGAAACCUGUACUGUUGUUUAAAAUUCCUUUUCUGGAUGUAAGGUAUCUUGUCUGGGUUUCUUCAGCCUGGGUAUCUAGCCAUUAAUUCCCAAGCCUCUUCCACUGGACGGAAGCUCUCCUAGUGACAUAGAUUUUUGGCCCACAAAUAUCCCUUUCCCCUCCCCCAUCCUGGCCAUCUUCGAAAGUAGAUGAAUCUGUUCUCUGCAGGAAAUUAAGUACAUAUUCAUCAAAUUGUCUAAGAUUGCAGAUGUUUAGUCUCAACUAACUCACCAAAUCCUCAUCUUCCCCAGAAAGGAAGCAGCAUUUCAUAUUUGCCUGGGAUGAAAGAUGGAGAAUGCUGGCAGCCAGAUCACCAGCCAACACAGUCUUGGGACACACAGUCUGGGAUGUCUUAUAGUCCGCCGAGACACUACGGGUUGUGGUUAAAACUGUGCUCAGAAGUUUGGUGAUUUGUCCGCCAGUUCAGUCCCCUAGAUGGUUUCCUGAGAAAACAGAAGCAAACUCAGUCCGGUUACUCCCACACAACUUCAAAAGGACAAACACCUAGCCCAUGAAGUGGAGGUUAUGGAGCAAUGAGGUGCUUGCAGCUUAGUAAAGAUUGGACCCUUGGCACUGAGCCCUAAUCUUUGCCACAUGGCUCAUCUACCCAGCUCUACUUCAAACCCAGACAACCAAAGUAGCACCUUUAUCUAGACAGGCUCAGAUUUUUCCAACUUCAUUCAAUACAAUAAAGAAUCAUUGCAAAGCCAAAGUUCUGGAUUUCAACACUUUACAUCUGUUCAGCAUCUUCUGUGACUACUUUCCCUCUGACCUUUCUUCUUGGAUUGAAUGCAUGACCUCACUUGCCUCUAACCACAAUAACUAGGACUCAAUGACGAUGUCUGCUUGGAAAUAAAAUUUGGCUUCGGUAGCAUCUUUCUGCCUCUGUAUGGUUUAGACAUCUCCAGAAUUUUUUGUACCAGGAGACAGAAGAGGGAGAUCUGGCAAUUGGGCGCUUCUGGAAAGUCUGCUUAGUGUCAGUGCAAAGUGAGAAUUUCAUUCAUUUACCCAACAGGCGUCUACUGAGUACCUAUUAUGCCCGUAAAUUAUCCUAUGUACUGACAGAGAAUACAGCCAUAAGCAAGAUAGAUAAAAAUCUCUUCCCUCAUGGGGUUUAUAUUCUAGAAGAAAGGGGAUAGACAAUGAACAUAUAAACAGAUAAAAGGAUAAUUUCAGAUAGCCAUAGAGCUAUGAGUAAAAGUGAAAAAAUGUGAUGAGAGAAAAUUGCUAAGACUAAGAUGGGAGUGAGCUGCUUUGGUAGGGUGGUAGAAGACCGCUCUGGGGAACAUUGCGUUUAAGCUGAGACUUAAAUAAUAACAUGAUUUGGGGAAAAGAGUAUUCUGGACAGAAAAAACAGCAAGCACAAAGGCCUUAAGGUGGGGACAAGCUUAGUUGUUCAGGAACAGAAAGGACAGUGUGGCUGGCGUGAAAGAAAGGGAUUUCAGAUGAAGCCCAAGGGUAUGCAGGGGCUAGAUCGUGUGAGAUCGUAGGCUGUGGUAAGGAAUAAAAUUUGCUUGCCUGAUGUAGACAGAUGAUUCAAAUUCUUGGAAAGCCUCAAAGGGAAAUAAAAUACAGUAGUAAUUGUGGGAGAGGCAGUAUAACCUAGUGGUUAGGGGUCUAGACUCUGGAAACAACUCUCUGGGACUACAUCCCAGCUGUACCACUAUGCUGUGUGAGUUUAGCAAAGUGACUUAACCUCUCUGGGCCUUGGUUCCUUCACCUCUAAGGUGGGGAUAAUAAUUCAUCCUCACAGAUACUGUUUUGCAUUGAGGAUUAAAUAAAUUUAUGUCUCUAAGUUUUUUUUUUAAGAUGCUUAGAACAAGGCCUGGCAUGUACUAUUUGCUCGAGUAUUUUAGUUGUUCCAUUGUUGUUGAUGUUAUUAAUAUUAUAGACUUACUACUAAUGGGAAAAAGACUUUCAAUGAGCUCUUCACUAUGUUCUACUUUAGUUUUAAAAAUUAGUAUGGAGUUAUGUUGUCAUAGAUUGCAUUAUCUGUCUUUAACUCUUCCUUUCUUCCCUUCUCCUGCCCUGACUUCUCUGGGUGGAGUGUAUCUCCUUAUUCCACUGACUUUGGGCUUGGUCAUGGGUUAAAGAUUGAAUUGUGUCCCCCAAAAUAUGUGUUGGAAUCCUAAGGCUAUACCUGUGGGUGUAAUUCUUUGGGGAAUAGGGUUUUCUUGUUAUGUUAAUGAUGCCAUUUCAGUGUAGGGUGUGGCUUAAGCCUAAUUACUUCUAAGUUAUAAAAAGAGUAGAUUAGACUCUUACAAAGCUGAUUAGACUUAGAAGCAAGCACAGAUGGAGGAAGGAUAAAUGCCACAUGAAGACUGCCGAGGAACCAAGGAACACUGGGGCUACAGAGGCUGAUACAAGGAUCUUCCCCCAGAACAGCAAAGAGAGCCUUCUCCUACAGACAGCGCCCAAAUCCAUUCUCCGCCAUCUUUGCUCUCUGAACCUCUUGUUUUAGCUUAAAAUUUCUGAGUGGGUACUACUUAUUAAGUGAGCCUAAGUCAUGUGUUUCAGCUUUCAGGAUAACCUGGGAAUUGCCACAUAGUGGGCAGUAACAUCUGUGACCACCAGCCUCGACCCAGUGCACAGCUAUUCAGCUGAAACACAAGAAUACAGCCAAACCAGCUGUUAAAAUAUUUCCAUGCCACUUCUUGAGAAACCCAGGAGUUCGACCCUGUCCCGAAGCCUGAGACAUGGUCUCAUAUCCCACCCCCAAAGGCUCUGGCCACUUUCCAAAAGGAACCCGAAGAACCAGGUACAGAAGAUCCCCAAGGAAAAGGAGAAUGGCAUCACCCAGCCAGGGUCCAGGAAGGGCUGUGUGUCUGUGGUUCUGAUGAGGGCCUGGAUGAGGCCCAGGUGAUGAAAACCUUCAGGGCAGGCUCACUGGAGAAGCUGGUGGACCACCUGGUGCUCACAUUCCUAAAGGGUAACUUCUCCUACCUCAGAACCUUCCUGGGAACCUAUAGAACCUAUGCCACCACCCAGCAGGUCCUAGACCAGCUGCUCCAAAAGUGAGUGCCACGCCCCCCACAGCCCAGUGGAGACUCUGUCCCCUACCAGUUGUGAGUCUGCAGAAUGUCACUUCACCACUCAGAGCCUGUUUGCUCCACUGAGAAGUGGGUUGGUAAAGGACAAAUCAGCUAGAAUUACUGUCAGGACCCCGUGGGACAAGCCAUGGAAAGUGUGUACUGAAGCCUAGCUCUUUAGUAAAGCAUUUUGGAGGGGCUGGGAUGUUCACAUUUAUUAUUUUCUUCUCCCCCAUAAAGAAAAUAUCUGCCUCAGCCCUCACUCACCAUGUGCCCUUGAGCAAACCUAUUUCCCAUUUGUAAGGGGGAGGUUGAGAUUCCAUUUAAUGGGUCCUUGUCCUUGGUAUUGCCAGAACGGGGAUCUUGGAGGCUGGUAGAAGGGUCCCAGGAUUCUCAGAUACCUGGGAAGGUGCUGCUUGGGUUCACCCAUUCACCAGUUUUCUACGAAGCCCCUACUGUUGCAGACACUGUUAUAGGCACUUAGCAUCGUUUAGUAGACAAAGCAGAUAGGAAACCCUGCCCUCCUAGGCCUCCAUUCUAGUCGGGGAGUCAGACAGGAACACCAGACAUUUUAAGCAGGUAGUGUCCACAGUGCAUUAGAUGUGACACCCGCACGCCACCUCUAGGUAUGGAUGUAACCACCCGUAUUCUGCCCAGGAUGCUGAACCCCAAGACCAGCUGAAAGGCUGAGUGGACUUUGGGUGGACAAAGAGGGGCUCCUGUCUAUUCAGAAGGGUGGAGGCUGUACGGGACCUGUGUCUGGAUUGGGGCUGGGCAGAUUCUGGACCUCACACAUCUGGAUUCCACUACAGGAAUGAGUUUAGAAGCACCUCCUGCAGGAGAUAGGCAGUCAUAGAGAGCUAGGGGUGGAACCUGGGCAUUCUGGGGAGCAGAGGGGAGGCUGGAGCCUCAGAGAGGCCCCUGAGAGAACCCAUCCCCGCACAAUCCCCUCACAUUUCCACUUCCCCCCCCAAUAUUGGGGGCCCAAAAUAGGAGAUGCGGGGUGGGAGGGAGAGAAACCUGCUCCUGAAUCUCGAUCCCCAGUUGUGGAUGCUCAGCUGCCAUGUGGGGCCCCUGUCCCAGGGGAGAACAGUGUCCAUGGGAGAAGAGACGAUCAUACGUGUGCAGAGAAUCAGGCAGCAUGCUGGUGCACACUCUCCAGAAGAGGGGCCUGAGGGCCUAGGCAGCUGGGGCAGGGGACGGCCUCCAUGUGUCGCCCAGCAUGAGAUAAUCCUGGAGCACUAGUGUGUGCCAGGCUGUGAGAAGAACAUGCAGACACACAUCUCCGUGCCCUUAGAGGGUUACUGUCCAGUGGGGAGAGGGCCAGCGGAGAGAAAGGGAUGUAAUUCAGGCUCCCCGAGGAGGGAGAGUUGGUCAGACCGUUGAUGGAGAGCUCCCUGGGACGGAGGCUGUGUGCUAGCCCCCUGCUCAGUGACCAGGCCUGCCACUUUCAGGACAGCCAGAGGGUGUGAUGCAGGGUGGUGCUGACCUUUGGAGGGAUGGGCAGACAUAAGCGCCCUUUGCAGGGGUGCCCUGGGAGGGCAGUGUGUCGGGAAAAGCCAGGCCUGAGACCCUGCUUUUCACCACCCACCCCUAGUGCCACCUCUUUUAUCCUGCGCACAAUGCUGAAGGAAUACUCAGAGGAUUUCAAUCAGCCCCCAUAAUUCCCCUGCCUAAAGCUUGCGGUGGAGUAUGUGCAGGUGAACAUGCCAGGCUCACAUCUGGAGCACCGUGCCCAACUUCUCUUGGCCCAGCUGGAUCAAAUGGAGGUCACUGAGACAGAGCUGGAGGCUCCAGAGCGAAGGCCAGGGCAAGUUGUAAAAGUAGCUCAAGAUCCAUCUUUGCCCCAAGAACUGGCUCCUGCACCAUGUCCUGGGGUAUAUUCUGCUCCUGUACUGGCACCGGAGCUCCACAGCACACCACCUAUUACAUCCCCAGCUCCAGUACCGGCACCAGAUGGAGAGCCAGCUGGAGGGGUGGGUCUGCAUCCAGGGUCACCUCCAGAACUGGCUCCCACACCACUGGCUAAUGUCAAGCCUACUCCUGCUACAACACUGGAGCUCCAUACCACACUAGCUAUUUCAUCACCAGUACCUGCACUGGAACCAGAUGAAGAGCCAGCUGGAGGGUCAGAGUCUUAUCCUGGGCCACCUUCAGAGGCAGCUCCUGGACCACUGGCUACUGUCAAUCCUGCUCCUGCUCCAACACCAGGGCUCAAUGUAGCCCAGGCCCUCCUCCAGCUCCAUCACCAGCAUCAUAUGGACAACAGGAUGGAGAGGUGUAUUCCCAUCCUGGGCUACUUCCACAACCGGAACCUGGACCACCAGCUGAUGUCGAUCCUGCUCCUGCUCCAACACAGAAGCUCCGUGGAGCACCAAGUUGUUCCAUGACGAGCUUCAGCUGUGGCAGCAGAGGGAUAAUCCCAUGGACUUUCGGAUUCUUAACCUGGGCCACCUGCACAGCCAGAGAAUGGACAACCUGGUGAUAUGGAUCCUGGUACUGAACGGACACUGAAACUCAAUCGAGCAUCACCAGCUCCAGCGCUGCCACCACAUGGAGAGCUGGAUUUUUACCCUGGGCGACUUCCAGAACACGUUGAAGGAAAACUUCAUGAGUUACAUUCUGUUCUUGCAGCAACAUUGGAGCUGGAUACAUCAACAGGUCCUCCAUCAGCAAGUUGAGCAGACAGAGAGCCUGCUGGAAGAUCGGAUUCUCUUCCUCGGCCAACACCAUAAUGGGCUCCUGGACCACUUGGUGAGGUUGAUCAUGCUCCUGGACUAACACUGGAGCUCCUUAGACCACCAUCACGAGCUGCUUCACUGGCACCAGAUGAAGAGCCAGCUGAAGGGUCAGAGUCUUAUCCUGGGAUACAUCCAAAACCUGCUCCUGUACCACCUACUGAUGUUGAACCCACUCUUGCACCAAAAUCAAGCUUCACUGGCACAGGUCUUCCUUCUCCUUUUUCAUCACCGACACUAGAUGAAGGGCCAGCUGGAGGGGCGGAUUUCCAUCCUGGGCCACUUCCAACUGACUCCCAGAUAAACAGCUGAUAUUGAUCCAGCUCCUUUUCCGACACUGGAGCCCCAUACACCAUUAAGUCCUCCAUCUCCAGCUCAGUCUGGGGCACCAGAGGCCGAACUAGUUGCUGAACCUCCUCCACGGCAACUCCUUAUUGACAACCAGGGGACAUCUGCUCCAGAAGCAGACCCUUAUUUCUCCUCACCUGAGUGGGUAGUUCUUGGUUUUGUUGUAGUAUUUUCCCAGCUCAAUUUAUUCUGUAUAGUUUAUAGUAUUUUAACUGGUAGAUUUCUCAUUAAAGUUUUGCUGUAACAGCUUGCAAGUGUGUAAUAUAGUGGCUUUAUGUACUUUCACAAUCCUAUUCACCAUCAUCAGUAUCUCCUUCAGAACAUUUUCAUCACCACUGUGAUGGUUAAUGUUAUGUGUCGAGUUGGGUAGGCCAUGGUUCUCAGGGGUUUGGCAGACAUUAUGUAAUCAUACUCCAUUUUAUAAUCUGAUGUGAGCAGCCAAUCAGUUGGAAGAGGCAUUUCCUUGGGAACGUGACCUGCAAAUUAACACAUUUUCUGGGGUAUGCAGCCAUUAAUCUGGCCAAUGUAUUUUUCUCCAUUCCUGUUUUGAAGGACCACCAGAAGCAGUUUGCCUUCAGCUGGCAAGGCCAGUAGUACACCUUCACUGUCUUAUCUCAGAGGUAUAUCAACUCUCUAGCCCUAUGUCAUAAUUUAAUCCAUAGGGAACUUUAUCGCCCUUCAUUUCCACAGUAUGUCACACUGGUCCAUUACAUUGAUGACAUUAUGCUGAUUGGACAUAGUAAGAAAGAAGUAUCAAUGACUCUGCAGUUACUGGUAGAAUAUUUGCCUGGUAGGAAUUAUUCCCAAAAAAUUCAGUUGUCUUCCUCCUCAGUGAACUUUCUAGGGCUCCAGUGGUGUGGGCAUGUCAAGAUGUUCCUUGUAAAGUGAAGGAUAAGUUGAUGUAUCUGGCCUCUCCUACAACUAAAAAGAAGGCACAGCCCCUGCUGGACAUCUUUGUAUUUUGGAAGCAACAUACCCCUCAUUUGGGUGUGCUACUCCAGCCUAUUUAUCAAAUGUCUUGAAAAACCGCUAGUUUUGAGUGGGCCCAGAACAAGAGAAGACCUUGCAAGAGGUUCAGACUGAUGUGCAAGCUGUUCUGCCACUUGAGCCAUAUGAUCCAGCUAAUGAAAUGAUGCUUGAAGAGUCACUUGCAAAUAACAAUGUUAUCUGGGGUCUUUGGCAGGCUCCUAUUGGUGAAUCACAGUGCAGAUCCUUAGGAUUUUGGAGCAAAGCCCUGCCAUCCUCCACAGAUAACUACUCUCCUCUUGUGAAACAGCUUUUGUCUUGUUACUGGGUCUUAGUAGAGACUGAAAUCUUAACCAUGUGCCACCAAAUGACCAUGUGUCCUGAGUUGCCCAUCAUGAAUUGGGUGUUGUCUGACCCAUAGAACCAUAAAGCUGGAUGUGCACAGCAGCACUCCAUCAUUAACUGGAAGAGGUAUAUACGAUACAGGGCCUGAACAUGACCUGAACACUCAAGUAAUUUGCAUAAGGAAAUGGUCCAAAUGCUCAUGGUCCUCACUCCUGUCAUAUUACCUGCCCUCUCCCAGGCUACACCUAUGGCCUCACUGGGAGUGCCUCUUGAUCAGUUGCCUGAGGAAGAGAAAACUCGUGUCUGGCGCAUUGACCGUUCUGCAUAAUAUGUAGGAACCACUUGAAUGUGCACAGCGGCAGUGCUGCAGCCCAUUUCUGGGACUUCCCUGAAGGACAGUGGUGAAGGGAUAUCUUCCCAAUGGCAAAACUUCAAGCAGUGCACCUGGUUGUUCACCUUGCUUGGAAGGAUAAAUGACCAGAUAUGCAAUUGUACACUGAUUCAUGGGCUGUGGACGAUGGUUUGGCUGGAUAGGCAGGGACUUGGAAGGAACAUGAUUGGAGAAUUGGAGUCAAGGAGGUACGGGAAAGUGGUUUGUGACAGACUUCUCUGCAUGAGCCAAAGAACUCACAUUAAUGAGUGGUGACUCCUUGUCUUUUACCAGGGACCCUUGUUUCUGCAUUGGGCCUUUAGUGCAGACAAAACCCCUUAUUGCCCUAAACACCAUUGUGGAUUGAAAUUAUCAUUGCUGGGUGUUUCGUCCUGUGAUCUGCUGAACUGGAAUAAUGAAGAGAGGCAUAGUAAUAUGUGUAGGACCUUUCCCACUUAUUAGCUGUGAGAUCUUCAGGAAAUUACUGCCCCUCUCUGACCCUUGGUUUCCUCAGCUUUACAAUGGGACUAAUACUGUCUUCCUCACAUCACUAUUGUUGAGGAUUACAUUGCAAUAUUGGUGAAGCACGCAGAACGAUGCCUGGCACAUAGUAGGCAAUCAAUGAAAGGGAGUUAAAGCAAGAGAUACAGGAAAGGUGGCCUAUAUGCACGUUCAUUCUGGGAGUGCAGGGUAAAGUUGAGGGAAGGAUUUCUUGUCACCCAGGGCAUCAAACUCCUUACUAUAUAGUUGUCAGUUAGGUCCUUCCUUCCCAGGCCCCCACCUUCAAUGCCUGAAGAGGUUCAUUUACUCGAGUCUUUCUUGGGACAAGUACAGGUUUCACAAGGAACGUCUGAACCCAUACAACGAAAUGGAAACUAUAUACAGUUUAUUGUGGUUAACAAAAUUGUGUAGUGAGUAGACCACCACUAGUUUUUCCCUCUUCUUCAAGAAAUGAAGCUACCAAGUCAUAUUUGAGCAGAUCUUGACAUCCAGUUUUGCUAUGCAGAUGUAGGCCAUGAAUAAGACAUUUGUAUUUUAAUAGGAAAGCAGCUCCUCUUGUAGCAUGCAGAAGUGUAAGGAAGAUUUGUACAAGUUACACAAGAAACUCAGGGGUCUCCUGUCAGAGAAGGAAUUGAAUGUAUCUUAUCACAACCCACCAUGGCCAACAUCGGCACCAACCAUCACUACUACCACGACCACUACCUCCAUCACCAUAACCAUCACCAUCUCCACCAUACAACCCACCACCACCACUUCUACUACCACUGUCACCACCAUCACCAACACCAAUACUACCAUUUCCACCACCACCAUCACACGACCAACCAUAAUCCUCACCAUAAUCACCAUCACCACUUCCAUCAUACAACCCACCAGCAGCAUCGCACCACCUACUGUCACCACCAUCACCAUGCUACCCACCACCACUUUCACCACCUCCCUUACACAACUCAUCACCACCGUCAUUACCAGUACCAUCAUCACCAUCACUCUUACCAUCAAUUUUACCACCAUCAUCAGUGAGCCCCGUGCCACCAAAACCACCCCCAUUACUCUCAAUAACGACAUCAUCAGCAUCACCACCUCCAUUACAAAACCUGUCACCACUACCAUUACCACCCUCACGUUCACCAUUAUUCCUUUCCCUGUAAUUCAGAUCUCUAAGUUUGGCCCCUAAUUCUUCUAAAUGUGUGGUGUUCACUUGACCCUGUUCAUCUAACCCCCUCUGGUGGCCAUUAUACAAAUAACAGGUCGAAGAGCAACUCAGGGCAAUGGCUGCUUUCUCUUUCAUCAGUAUUUCAUUCAUUCAUAUGAACAUCACCUACUAUAUGUCAGACCUUACACUAGAUGCUAGACAUAAGAAACUAACAAAAUAGAACACUGCAGUCUAGGGUGGUAGACAAACAAGUGAAUAGAUAGUUACAAAUUAGUGAAACAAGGGUCAUGGAGAAGCAUACAGAGAAUGCUGGGAGUGUACAGAGGAUACUUGGGCUGGCCUUGGCAUUGGGUUAGGGGCAAUGAGGGAAAGUGGAGAAGCUGGGGAUUGAGAAGGGCAGGCAGAGUUCCUAAAUUCAAGGAGGAGUAGGAGAUAAGAGAAGUAAUUGGGAAUUCAGUGAGCUGCCAGGAUGCUCGUUCAAUAUGGCAGAAGUCAGAACACAGGUUUCAAGGGAGAAGAGCAACAGGUGGGGUCAGAGAGAUUGGUUGUGGCCAGAUCACAAAAGGUGUUUUAUGUCACACUAGAGAUUGAGCUUAUAUCCUCUAGGAUAGUGGUCUCCAAAUUUUUUUGAUCAUGUUCCUCAUCAAUAAAAAUAUUUGCAUACACACCUCCAAUACAUGAAUAUUUAUUCAUUUAUACAUUUUAUACCUAGGCAGUGUAGUGUAAUGGUUAAGAGCUUGGUUUCUGGAGCCAGAUGGACUAUAUUCCAAAUCCUGGCUUCGCUACUUUUUAGAGGUGUGACCCUGAGCAAACAACCUCUGUAUCUCAGCUGCCCCAUUUUUAAACUGAGGUUAAUAGCAGACUCACCACCUCUGAGGGUUGCAGAAAGGGCCAAAUUCAGUAAUUCGUGAGAACUUAAAACAAGCCUGGCACAUGAUAAAUGUUAUGUUAACUUGCUGUCAAGUUGAUUCCGACUCACAAUUACACUAUAGGACAGGGUGUCACUGCCCCAUAGGGUUUCCAAAGUGGAUUGGUGGAUUCCAACAGCCAAUCUUCCAGUUGGCAGCUGAGCUCUCAAGCAAUGGGGCACCAGGACUCCGAAUAUUAUUCUAUACAUACACUAUUGAGUGCCAUUAUAAAAGUGGAGUUGGAAUUUAUACCUAGUAGGGGCUCCACCAGAAACUCUGGUGGCGUAACCGUUAAGUGCUACAGCUGCUAACCAAAGGGUUGGGAGUUCAAAUCCUCCAGGCGCUCCUUGGAAACUCUAUGGGGCAGUUCUACUCUGACCUAUAGGGUCGCUAUGAGUCAGAAUCGACUCAACGGCACUGGGUUUUGUUUUUGGUUAGGGGCUCCACCUACCCCAGAAAAUCUGUUUUAACACAAACUCACUUCAAAAUGUCAAGAAUUAUUUUUCAUCCUCAAAACUUCUAACUGGAAGAGCAGACCACUUCUAACCCCUCACCCUACCUAACAGUAAAUGGCCUUAGCCUCUCCUGAUUGUACUUAUA